AUGAAUUCGCCGCCCCUUGACGACGCCCCGCUGGGCCCCCUGUCGGCGCGGUGCUGCCAGCGCUUCGUGUCCCACCUCAAGGCCGCCGAGGUCUACACCGUGGUCGGCGCGCUCCUCGUCGCGCACCGCGUCGGCGCCGCCGGCGGCGCCGCGGCCCUCGGGCCCGUCGAGGACCUCGCGGGCGGCGCCGCCGUCGGCGCCGCCGACGCCGAGGCGCUCUGGCGCCUCGCCUGGGACGGCGCGCCCGGCGUCGCGCGCGGCGGCGCGGCCGCGGCGCUCGCGCGCGCGUGCGCGACGACCACCGGCCUCUUCGGCCGCGUGCGGUCCUACCUCUUCAACUACCGGCGCCGGUUCAGCCUCUACUUCGACUUCGUCGCGACCUUCGCGCCGCGCGACGAGACCGUCGAGGUGCUGGUCGCGACGACCGUGUGCCCGCUCGUGAAAGUUGCCGUCCACGCGGCCGACCCCGCGGCGGUGCUCGUCGUCGCC